AUUCAGAUUAUGGAAAGAGUGACUAAAAGCAAACAUUUUGAACGGAAAAAAAUGCGAUCAAAAAUGAAAACAUCAAGCUUUAAACUGAAGGAUAACUUGACGGCUAAAAAUGCUGAACGAGAGAGAAGUCGAGUGAAGAGUUUACGGCAGGCCUUCCAACGCCUUCAGCUCUGUCUGCCUUCAGUGCCGCCCAACACAAAGCUCUCUAAACUGGAUGUCCUUAUUUUGGCCACAAAUUACAUCUCAUAUCUCAGUAAAAUGGUUGCUACCGAUGAAGACAACGAUGUGAACGUCAACACCGCUUUUGAAUGCGACCUCAAGUUUUUGCAUCCAAUCAAAAAGUGGCCCAUGAGAUCACGUCUGUAUUCAAUGACAGAAUCAAUGGAUACUAAUUCACACUCAGUUGAAGAACCAAUAAAUACAAUUCAAUCGUAUUUUGAUUUUGAUUCAAUCAAUUAUUCCUCUUUAAUCUCUUAAGC